GCACUUAAUGGACACCGGUGGCUUCUUCGUGGCCGCCUUUGAGAAACGCGCUGAACUGGCGCCUUCUGCCAAAGCUCGCAAGGAGGCGCGCUCCGCGCAGCUAAAGGCAGAGAAGGCGGAGAAGGCUGCCGCCGAGGCCGCGGCCGAGGCCGAGACAGGCGAAGGGCACAACGAAGAGCCGGCGGAGGCAGAGCCCACGCCUGCGGCCGAAAGAAAGGCGCAGGCGUUGCGGCGGAUCACGAAAGAGUACAUUCCUGUGGAGACCUCCCUGUCGGAGGGAGAAUGGCAAGGCAUCCUCGAUUUCUAUGGUCUG